AUGACGGACGGGAUCCUAGGGAAGGCAGCCACAAUGGAGAUCCCCAUCCACGGGAAUGGUGAAGCGGGGCAGCUUCCUGAGGAUGAUGGGCUGGAGCAGGACCUCCAGCAGGUGAUGGUGUCAGGACCCAACCUCAAUGAAACCAGCAUUGUGUCUGGUGGCUAUGGGGGCUCUGGUGAUGGACUCAUCCCCACAGGGUCUGGCCGCCAUCCAUCUCACAGUACCACUCCUGCUGGCCCCGGAGAUGAGGUGGCUCGGGGCAUCGCCGGAGAGAAGUUUGACAUCGUCAAGAAAUGGGGCAUCAAUACAUAUAAGUGCACAAAGCAGCUGUUGUCAGAAAGAUUCGGCCGAGGCUCCCGGACUGUGGACCUGGAGCUAGAGCUGCAGAUUGAGUUGCUGCGUGAGACGAAGCGCAAGUAUGAGAGUGUCCUGCAGCUGGGCCGGGCACUGACAGCCCAUCUCUACAGCCUGCUGCAGACCCAGCAUGCACUAGGUGACGCCUUUGCUGACCUCAGCCAGAAGUCCCCAGAGCUUCAGGAGGAAUUUGGAUACAAUGCAGAGACACAGAAGCUGCUGUGCAAGAAUGGAGAGACACUGCUAGGGGCUGUGAACUUCUUUGUCUCUAGCAUCAAUACAUUGGUCACCAAGACCAUGGAAGACACGCUCAUGACUGUCAAACAGUAUGAGGCUGCCAGGCUGGAAUAUGAUGCCUACCGAACAGACUUAGAGGAGCUGAGCCUAGGCCCCCGGGAUGCAGGGACGCGUGGUCGACUCGAGAGUGCCCAGGCCACUUUCCAGGCCCAUCGGGACAAAUAUGAGAAGCUGCGGGGAGAUGUGGCCAUCAAGCUCAAGUUCCUGGAAGAAAACAAGAUCAAGGUGAUGCACAAGCAGCUGCUGCUCUUCCACAAUGCCGUGUCAGCCUACUUUGCUGGGAACCAGAAACAACUGGAGCAGACCCUGCAGCAGUUCAACAUCAAGCUGCGGCCUCCAGGAGCCGAGAAGCCCUCCUGGCUAGAGGAGCAGUGA